GGGAGCCGGGUAGGAGUCGCGUGCCGCCGAGGAGAAUGAGGCUCGCGGUCUGCGCAGUGCUGUGCGCGGGGGCCCUGGGGCUGUGUCUGGCUGUCCCUGAAAAAACUGUGAGAUGGUGCACUGUCUCAAACCAUGAGGCCAAUAAGUGCUACAGCUUCCAUGACAACAUGAAUAAUGUCCUUUCAGUGGAUGGUCCUCAUGUCACCUGUGUGAAGAGAACCUCUUACCUUGAGUGCAUCAAGGCCAUUGUGGCAAACAAAGCAGAUGCUGUGACCAUUGAUGGAGGUUUGGUGUUUGAGGCAGGCCUGGCCCCCUACAACCUGAAGCCCGUCGUGGCAGAAUUCUACGGGUCAAAAGAUGAUCCACAAACUCACCAUUAUGUCGUAGCCGUGGUGAAGAAGGGCAGCGAUUUCCAGCUGAACCAGCUCCAAGGCAAGAAGUCCUGCCACACAGGCCUGGGAUGGUCUGCUGGGUGGAACAUCCCCAUCGGGAUACUUCUUCCCUCUGACUCGGUUGAAAAAGCAGCGGCUGAGUUCUUCGCGGGCAGCUGCGUCCCCUGUGUGGAUCAGACAGCUUUCCCCAAACUGUGCCAACUGUGUGCGGGGAAGGGGACCGACAAGUGUGCCUGCAACUCCCACGAACCAUACUUCGGCUACUCGGGGGCCUUCAAGUGUCUGCAGGACGGUGUGGGGGACGUGAGCUUCGUGAGGCACAUGACGGUGUUUGAGAACCUGGCUGACAAGGCUGACAGGGACGAGUAUGAGCUGCUCUGCAGGGACAACACCCGGGGGUCUGUGGACAAGUAUGAAAGGUGCCACCUGGCCCGGGUCCCUUCCCACACCGUCGUGGCCCGAAGCAUGGGCGGCAAGCAGGACUUGAUCUGGGAGCUUCUCAACCUGGCCCAGGAGAAUUUUGGAAAAGACAAGUCAGCAGAAUUCCAGCUCUUCGGCUCUCCUCAUGGAAAGGACCUGCUGUUUACGGACGCCGCCCUUGGGUUUUUAAGAGUCCCACCUAAGAUGGACGCCAAGCUAUACCUAGGAUACGAGUAUUUUUCUGCCAUCCAGCAUCUAAUGACCACUGAGAUUGAUGUGGGCGUCAGAGCAAGCAGGGUGAUAUGGUGUGCAGUGGGCCAGCACGAGAAGGCCAAGUGUGACGAGUGGAGUGCCCUGAGCGGUGGCAUCUUGAAGUGCACCGCGAAGGAGACCACCGAGGGCUGCAUCGCCGCCGUCGCGAAAGGAGAGGCUGAUGCCAUGAGCUUGGAUGGAGGCUUCAUCUACACAGCGGGCAAGUGUGGUCUGGUGCCUGUCCUGGCAGAGAACUACUUGUCUCAAGAUGGCAAAGAGCAGCUUGGGUCUAAGUGUGUGAACACACCUGUGGAAGGUUAUUACGUCGUGGCAGUGGUCAAGAAGUCAGAUGCUGACCUCACCUGGAACUCUCUGCGAGGCAAGAAGUCCUGCCACACUGCAGUUGGCACUUCUGCAGGCUGGAACAUCCCGAUGGGUUUCAUAUACAACCAAACUGGGUCCUGUAAAUUUGAUGAAUUCUUCAGUCAAAACUGUGCCCCUGGGUCUGAUCCAGCGUCCAGUCUCUGUGCCCUGUGCAACGGCAGCAGCACGCCAGCCCACACGUGUGCUCCCAACAGCCACGAGGCGUACUAUGGCUCGAGUGGGGCGCUCAGGUGUCUGGUUGAGAAGGGAGACGUGGCCUUUGUGAAGUACACCACGGUCCUGCAGAACACUGAUGGAAAGAACCCUGAAGCCUGGGCGAAGGAUCUGAAGCAGUCGGACUUCCAGCUGCUGUGCCUCGAUGGCACCAGGAAGCCUGUGACCGAGGCUCAGAGCUGCCACCUGGCCAUAGUCCCAAGUCAUGCUGUGGUCUCAAGGAAAGAUAAGGCGGAUUUUGUCCGCAGAAUGCUCUUCAACCAACAGGAACUCUUUGGAAGAAACGGGUUUGAAUACAUGAUGUUCCAGCUGUUCAAAUCCUCAACCAAGGAUCUGCUCUUCAGCGAUGACACAGAAUGUUUGGCUAACCUUCAGGACAGAACAACUUAUCAAAAAUACUUAGGGCCAGAGUAUCUUCGGGCUAUUGCUAACAUGAGACAGUGCUUACCCUCUGAACUUCUGGAUGCCUGCACAUUCCAUGGAAAUUAAAAAUUGAUCAAAGUGGGCAACCGCAGAGAUGCUCAGAGCCUGCAAAUCCAGUGGGGCCACAUUCUCACUUGUCUGCAUGGUGGGUCUGUGUUAACAUCAGUUAAUCUUUA